AAUCCAAGUUCCGAGUCCCGAGCUGAAAGUAAAUUAAGUUUUCCUUUUGAUUGUUACAAUUAAUAUUGUUUUUAACUUUAAUUGUUGGGUAUUUAAUUGAUUGGAUUUUGUGAGAGGUUCAAUGGCUGCAUCAAUCAAAUCGCUGUUCACCAAACCUGCUGAUGAAUUUGUCAAUGAUCCUGAGAUUGAACAUCUUUGGACAAUUAAAGCUGUUGAUCAAAUGAUUGUUCAUUAUAAUCUAAUUUCAAGUGUUCCACCUAAAGAUCUUAAAUUAACCAAAAAAGAUGAUAUAAUUUAUGAGAAAUUUUGUCAAUCAUUUCCUGAUUUUCCUUGUGAUAAGUUUAAAACGGAAGAUUUAAAAUCGGACGAAUCAAAAGCUAAAUGGAGACCAUUUUGUGAAGAGUUUAAAGGAGAAGUUGAAGAUUACAAUUUCGCUUCUCUUUUGAGACUUGAUUGUACCGGUGAUUAUUCGGAGGAUAAUACAGUUGUUGUUCCAAGAAUACAAUUUUUAGCCCUUGAAAUUGCUCGAAAUAGACUUGGUCACAAUGAUAGUGUUUAUCUCUCGAAAAAAGCAAAAAACGAACAAUCAUAAUUUUCUUUCUUCCUCCUUACUGAAAACCUUCUCAAACCUCAACUUCUAACAAAAAUCUGAUUUAUAUUUUUCUCUCCAUCUUCUGUUAUAAAAUAAAGGUACAAUUUAAAUGUAUUAAAAAA